AUGGAGAACAGCAACAAAGAACAAAAUGUCGAGAAACAACUGGUCGAAGCUGAAGCAGUUCAUGGCUUGGAUCAACAAACGGAGCCUAAAGAGGCAAAGCAAGAAAAAGCGACCCAAAAAUUAGAUCAGCCUAAAGGUCCUCACCAUACCAGUAGUAAAUUAUCAGCUACCAUACAUAAAAUGUUUCAUAUGGAAGGGCAAGUAGAAAAGUCAAAGAAAACUUCAAAACCUUCAAGUUCUAUCGAGUCUGAAGACGAAAAAUCGGAAGCUUCUAGCAAUCAAGCUAUUCAUGAUAACAUUAAGCCGCGCUUUCAAAAGAAUUCUAAUGGGUCACACUGCCAUUACUUGUUACCAAAGAGAGGUCACCGAAUGCAAAAUUUCUUGAAAGAGUUUGGUCACAAUCUUGUUGAAGCUCAACAUUCUCAAAACAAACGGCAUACCGCAGUGAUUGAUAAACUCACCUCUAAACUUCAAUCAGAAUUGUCUUUGUCUAAAAAGUAUGGAAAGCCCCAAGAAGUUAUUGGAAAGGGUGCAUUUGGUAUCGUCCGUAUUGCACACAAAACAGAACCUAAAGUACCUGGCGAAAAGCUUUUUGCCGUCAAGGAGUUCAAGAAGCGCAAUAACGAACCUGAAAAGAAAUACAUAAAACGUUUGACUUCCGAGUUUUGUAUUUCUUCUUCUCUACAUCAUAUCAAUGUAAUUGAUACAUUGGAUUUACUUCAAGAUACUCAAGGAAAUUAUUGCGAGGUUAUGGAAUAUUGCGCUGCUGGCGAUCUGUAUUCCUUGAUCAUUACUACUGGCGGAUUAGAACAAGAAGAAGCAGAUUGUUUCUUUGGUCAGUUGAUUAAUGGUGUUAAAUACUUACAUGACAAUGGUGUUGCUCAUCGUGAUUUGAAACCCGAGAACCUUCUUCUCACUUCUGACGGAUGUCUCAAGAUUACCGAUUUUGGUAAUGGAGAAUGUUUCCGUAUGGCUUGGGAAACACAAUCUCAUUUAUCACGUGGUAUCUGCGGUAGUGAACCCUAUAUCGCACCAGAAGAGUUCACAGAAGAUUGGUUUGAUCCAAGAAAGGUUGACGUUUGGGCUUGUGGAAUUAUUUAUAUGAGUAUGAUUAAUAGCAGCCUUCUAUGGCGUGUCGCUAAAGAAAAAGAAGAUUGCAAUUUUAAAGUUUAUCUAGAGGCAAAGGCACAAGGUGCAGUCUUGGUUCCUUUUCAGCGAUUGAAUAAAGAACGACGUGAAAUAAUGUCGAGAAUAAUAGAGCCCAACCCUAACCGUCGUAUCACUGUGGAACAAAUUAUUACAAACGCUUGGUUCUCUUUGAUUCAAAUUUGCCAUCGAUCAUCUCUGUAUCCUAAUGAUUCAUCCAUCUCUAGUAUGAGUUGUGGUGUAAAUGUUGUAAAUCAAGAAGUGACGCCAAUUAGCAAGUCAUCAAUUUCAAACAUAGUAUAG